ACACUUCCGCCCCUCACCAACAUGGCCGCAGGCUGGGACUGCGCAUGAGCAGCUGUCUAUGGAGAGACCUAGAUCCAAAGACGGAGAAGGCUGCCGGGGGAAAUCGGCGACUGAAGCGGCCUGGCCCGGUGAGUGCGUCGGAGCCGGCCGGAGUCCGGACGCCGGUGGAUCGGCAUGGCGGGGCACCUUUGCUUUGGCUGGCGUUUCCCAGGCCAGGCCACGCCUGGGCACGGAGCCUUUGUUUUGGGGGAGGGGGCCGUGCCCGGCUCUUUCUCUCCUGCUUUGUGGGCCGAGCUCGCUCCCCGCCCCGGUGUGCACACGUCCCAGCCGCCUGCGGUGGGUAUCCAGCUUCGAGCCGCAGGCCCGGGAAGGUCCCCGGCGUCCUUUCCCCGUCUCUCCUCCGCGGAGCAGCUGGGGCGCAGGCGAGCUGGGCUGGGACCGGCGGGGUCACCGCGCGGGCUGCGGGGCUCGCGCCUGCCGGGUACUCAGGUCCCCAAGCGCCUACUACUAGUCGGUGGGCCUGCAGGGAGACGCGUCGUUCUCGGGCAAGGUUCUAGAACCUGGAAAGCUGUUCAGUUGCCUGGCCUCACUGCAAACUCUGUGGUUUCCACCAGGACUUAGCAUUCAGGCCUUUGAGUUGGGAGAUACAAAGUCCUCCGAAAAAAGACCGGCGCCUCGGAUGAGCCCCCUCACAGAGAGAUGAAGGGGCAGCAGAAAACAGCUGAAACCGAAGAGGGAACAGUGCAGAUUCAGGAAGGCGCAGUGGCUACUGGAGAGGACCCAACUAGUGUAGCUAUCGCCAGCAUCCAGUCAGCUGCCACUUUUCCUGACCCCAACGUCAAGUACGUCUUCCGAACUGAGAAUGGGGGCCAGGUGAUGUACAGGGUGAUCCAGGUGUCAGAGGGGCAGCUGGAUGGCCAGACAGAGGGCUCUGGCGCCAUCAGUGGUUACCCUGCCACUCAGUCUAUGACCCAGGCAGUGAUCCAGGGAGCUUUCACCAGUGACGAUGCCGUUGACACGGAGGGAGCAGCUGCUGAGACACAUUAUACAUAUUUCCCCAGCACCGCAGUGGGAGAUGGGUCAGGGGGUACCACAUCUGGGAGUACUACAGCUGUUGUUACCACCCAGGGCUCAGAGGCACUACUGGGGCAGGCAACCCCGCCCAGCACAGGUCAAUUCUUUGUGAUGAUGUCACCACAAGAAGUAUUGCAGGGAGGGAGCCAGCGAUCGAUUGCCCCCAGGACCCACCCUUAUUCCCCGAAGUCAGAGGCUCCCAGGACAACUCGAGAUGAGAAACGGAGGGCUCAACAUAACGAAGUGGAGCGCCGCCGCCGGGACAAGAUCAACAACUGGAUUGUACAGCUGUCCAAAAUCAUCCCAGACUGCUCUAUGGAGAGCACCAAGUCUGGCCAGAGUAAAGGUGGAAUCCUGUCCAAAGCCUGUGAUUAUAUCCAGGAGCUGCGGCAGAGCAACCACCGGCUGUCUGAAGAGCUGCAGGGGUUAGAUCAGUUGCAGCUGGACAACGAUGUGCUCCGGCAACAGGUGGAAGAUCUCAAGAACAAGAACCUGCUCCUGCGAGCUCAGCUUCGGCACCACGGACUCGAGGUCGUCAUCAAGAAUGACAGCAACUAACUCUGGGGACUCAGGGGCUUUGGGCCAAGGACUGCAGCCGGCCCAGGAGCAACAGGCUAACCCCAUGCCCCUCUCCUUCACUGCCUCCUCUGGCAUGGGACUCGGGGGAGUUUGGCAAGUGUGUUUUUGAACUGAGGCCCUGUGGCGUGGCAGUCUGCAGUGAGUGGUGUGAAACAAACAGUGUGGGCGUGCACUGACAGCCCGGCCUGCUCCCUCUGUGCAGUCCCCGGGUCUGGUGCGCCUUCGGCACACUGCAUGUGCUGUCUCCUUGCUGGACACUGGACACACUGAAUCUGGGCUUGCCGUGUGCUCGCUUGGAGUGCCUGAGAGAGGGACUGCGGGCCUAGUACUUCCACUGGCUCUUCCUUUCUCUGGAGCAGAAGUUAAGAUGCGUACCUGAGUACUCUGGGAAGCAGGCUUACUCAAGAGGUGGGAAAGGAUGCUAGCUGGCUGCUAUCCCAGGAGUAGAAGGGGGCCCAAUGAGCAGCCGAGGCCCCUACGGAAGGCUCUGGAGCCAGGGAGAACUGUAGGCAGGGGUGGGUUCACUGAGAGCCUUCCCUGCUCCAGGGAUGGGUCUUUUUAUUUCUUUCCUUUUUUUUUUUUUUUUUUUUUUAAAGAUAAAAUUGUUUAGAGCCACA